CCAAAUAAACUCCUUGGUCCUUUCUCUCAAAGUCUCAACAUCCUUUCAGCCAUUAUUGGUUAAAGCCCAAAAGAAUGGGAACUUUGAUCCAUAAUUAUCGUUUAAGCCCCUCCAACUUUGUCACUCCAACGAUAAAUUGCUACCCAUCAGAUUUUCGUCUUAAGCAGGCUCUACUUGUCCAACAAGUAAGCUAUUGGAAUCGUUGCAAAAGCAGAGAAGCGAAGAUGUCCGCGGCCGUCGCUGCUACCGGCGACGCCAAUUCCACCCACACUGAGCAAAACCCAGGAAUCCGUCAGGAGAAAAUAGUUUUACGAAACAACCAUGGGGAGAAACUAGUGGGUAUAUUGCAUGAAACUGGAUCCAGGGAGAUUGUGAUAUUGUGCCAUGGAUUUCAAUCAACAAAGGAAACCAAUACCAUGAUGAACCUUGCUUCUGCCCUGGAGAAAGAAGGGAUCACUGCAUUUCGUUUUGAUUUUGCUGGAAACGGGGAAAGUGAAGGAACAUUUCAAUAUGGCAACUAUUGUAGAGAGGCUGAUGACUUACAUUCAGUAAUCCAACACUUUUCUGAAGCUAAUCGUGUCACAAGUGCAAUCCUUGGACACAGUAAAGGUGGGAAUGUGGUGCUCUUAUACGCUGCCAAGUAUCAUGACAUACACUGUGUCAUCAACGUAUCAGGGCGUUAUAAAACAGAAGGGGGUGUGGAAGAGCGAUUGGGAAAAGGGUAUUUGGAAAAAGUAAAAAAAGAUGGUUUUAUCGAUGUUAAAGCCAAAACCGGGGAGGUCUUGUAUCGUGUGACUGAAGAAAGUUUGAUGGAUCGUUUGAAUACAAAUAUGCAUGAAGCAUGUUUGCAGAUUGAUAAAGAUUGCAGGGUGUUGACAAUUCAUGGAUCCAAUGAUUCAAUUGUGAGAGUUGAAGAGGCAUUAGAGUUUGCAAAGAUUAUACCAAAUCACAAGUUGCAUAUCAUUAAAGGAGCCAAUCAUGGAUUCUCAAUGCAUCAAAAUGAAUUAGUUUCAGUUGUUUUGUCUUUCAUAAGAGAAUGUUCGAGAUAAUGCAAAGUAAAGGUAGGUAGGUGAAUUAGGCUCCAUUUUUGGGAUUUCACAUUGUUUUUUAAAUGCUAUGUUUUGUUUGUUAGACUCGACAAAGAUUGGGCAUACAAUGUUCUUUUGGUUAUUUUGAGGAUGAGGAUGAGAAGGGUAUUCAUGUCUUUUGCAUGUAUGAAAACCGAGAACAAAUUAUAUUGAUGAUGAGGUGUUUGAAUA